GAUUCACUGCUGAAAAAGAACUGGACGCCAGGAAAUUAGGGGUUGAGUCCGAGGCAAGGUGGACGCCGGACAACGAGACACGGAAUCCUAGACCGGCCCGGAAGUGCCUCUGCUCGUCCGCCUUCGAGGAGGGGUGGGCAUCUUCCCCGCCCGACCAUUGUUCGUGCAGCGCGCCUAGCAACCCCGGGCCGGUAACCCCUUCUCCCUCCUCGCGCGUUCCGGGUCUCGCAGGCGCCUCCAAGGUUUGUCUUGCAGCAUAGCUGCAGUUGGAGGGUACCUUUUAAGCUGUUCAAGGUCAAGAUGAAUACAAACUCAAAGGAGAUUUUAUCCCUGGGUGUUCAAGUUCCCCAGGCAUGGGAAGAACUUCUGACAAUGAAAGUGGAAGCAAAAAGUCACCUCCAAAGGCAGGAAUCCAGACUGAAACGCAAUAAUCCACUGGCAAGGGAAAUCUUCCGAAGGCACUUUCGACAGCUGUGCUACCAAGAGACCCCUGGACCAAGGGAGGCUCUUACCCGACUCCAGGAACUUUGCUACCAGUGGUUGAGGCCACAUGUGAGCACAAAGGAGCAGAUUUUGGAUCUGCUGGUGCUGGAGCAGUUUCUGUCCAUCCUGCCCAAGGAGCUCCAGGGCUGGGUGAGGGAACACUGUCCAGAGAGUGGAGAAGAGGCUGUGAUUUUGCUGGAGGAUCUGGAGAGAGAGCUCGAUGAACCACAACAUGAGAUGGUAACCCACAGACACAGACAAGAAGUCCUCUCUAAAGAGAUGGUGCCUCUAGCAGAGCAGACACCACUGAGCCUUCAGUCCCAGCCCACACGUGACUCUGCUCAGAAGUGCCAUUCUAUUGGAGAGACAGGCACAUUUUUAUUUUCCAAACCUGUUGUGAUCCCCCAGCUAAAAGGAGGAGGAGAACCACAGCCUAACAACAGAGGAGUCCUAAGAGAUGAAAUAACCAAGACUGAGGACAGACAGUUGGUGCUAAGGAAAGACUGUCCUAAGAUAGUGGAACCACAUGGGAAAAUGUUUAAUGAGCAGACCUGGGAGCUAUCACAGCAGGAUCCCCCACAUGGAGAAGUUGGUGAACAUACGGAUAGGAUAGAGAGGCAGUGGGGAAACCUCUUAGGAGAGGGGCAACACAAAUGUGAUGAAUGUGGGAAGAGCUUUACUCAGAGCUCAGGUCUCAUUCGACAUCAAAGAAUUCACACUGGAGAAAGACCUUAUGAAUGUAAUGAGUGUGGGAAAGCCUUCAGUCGAAGUUCUGGUCUUUUUAAUCACCGAGGAAUCCACAAUAUACAGAAACGGUAUCACUGUAAGGAGUGUGGGAAGGCCUUCAGUCAGAGUGCAGGUCUUAUCCAGCAUCAGAGAAUCCACAAAGGAGAAAAGCCGUAUCAGUGCAGCCAGUGCAGUAAGAGCUACAGUCGGCGUUCAUUUCUCAUUGAACAUCAGAGAAGCCACACAGGGGAGCGACCUCACCAGUGCAUUGAAUGUGGGAAAAGCUUUAAUCGACACUGCAACCUCAUUCGCCAUCAGAAGAUCCACACACUGGCUGAGCUGGUCUAGGGCUUGCUAUGAGCAAGUUUUCCAGAUCACCAGCCAAGUCAUGUGGGGUAGCUUGAGGUUAAAAAAUACCUCUCUCUUCCUUUCUCCAUUAAGUGUGUUUGAAACAAAUAAUGACUUACGGCCCAGGGACUUCCUAAAAGGAAAGUUGGGUGUUUGAAGCUACUGUUUUCCCUUUUGUUCGUUUUACCUCUUUCUUAUUCUUACUAAUUGUGUCCCUCUUAUUUAUUAUUUAUUAUUAUUAUUUUUUUGAGACGGCUGGUAAACCCUUCUAAUAAUAUAAUAAAUGGCACUGCCAGAGCCAGCAUGCCUGAAA